CCAUCAUGAUGCGCAAGAGUUGCUUCUUGAUAGCCGCUAUGUGACUCAAGUCAGUAUUCAGUGUAAUUUUAUGGCAUUAUAACGGAAUCAGUCAGUCGGCGUUUCAUAACUUACGGUUAAUAUAAGAAAAACGAUGCUGCUUUCUGGUCGCUACUCUUCUUACUCCGUCAUAACCGGUUGUUUUGUACUGCUGAACUUCACCUAAUUUUUACGGAGUCAGACGAGAAGUCGUCGCUGCAUAUUGCUCGCCGGUUGCAGCUCUUUUGAAGUAUUAAUCGCAGUAAAUUAUUGAAUGGUGUAAUCUGUUUCAAUAAUUCUCCGGAUUAUCGAUGCGCUUACGGAUGAAAGUGUAGCAUCGCAUUUCCUUGGACAAUGGGUGUUGUGCUACACUUGGGAUUACUUGCGCUGGUUUUGACUCCGUUUGUAGCCGGUCAGGAUUGCGGACUUCCGGCAGCACCGGCACACGCGACCACACAAUUUGAUGUUUAUCCAAUCAGGCCGAAAACCGUUGCGACGUACGCUUGCGAUCCAGGAUUUAUUCUGUUGGGAAAAGAUUCGCGCACAUGCAGUAUUAAUGGAACAUGGACUGGCUUCCCUCCGUUGUGUGUAACGGAUAUCGCACUGGGGAAACCAACCAAAUCCUCGUCGCAACAGGGCCGUAUUGGAUCAUCAGUGGCUGUUAACGGCGACUCAUUUGGCAUAAAUUCCGAAGACAAUUGCCAUUCGACGCAGGCGGAAAUUGCACCCUGGUGGAGUGUCAACCUGCUCGAUUCGUACAUUAUUCACUCGGUCCGAGUGGUAAUUGGUCGUUCCUGCUGCGCUGAUGGACCGGUAUACAUUGAAGUCCGUGUGGGCAACGAUCGUGAUAUCUCGCGGAAUGCAUUGUGCGGACGAUACAGCGGCAUUGUUGAGGAAGGCUCCGUGCUCGAUGUCCGCUGCUACCGUCCACUCCGCGGCAUCUUUCUCAGUGUACACCAGAUGCGGGAUGUGCCCAACGUGUUAUCCUUGUGCAAAGUUCAAGCUUUCUCCGAUCAAGCAAUCACCACUCUGCAGUGUCCUAUUGCUGAAGAGAAAGUUGAUAGCGGCGAUAUUUUCACAUAUUCCGAUUACUGCUAUCAUUUUUUCAACUCGAAACCCGACACCUGGGAUAAUGCUCAGACGUACUGUAUGCGCCGCGGCGGCAAUUUAUUAUGGGGCACCAGCCCCGCCUUCCAGGCAUUUGUCAGCUGGGCCAUGGCACAUCGGUACAACCAGUUCUCCUCGGACAAUCCCAAUUACUGGCUGGGUGCCAUGCGCAGUUCCUGGACUAACGGCGAGUGGAUGUGGGUCAAAGGAAACGCGACGGUUAAUCCAAUUCGCGCCUUCUGGUCUUCACGCGAUCCGCCGAGUGAAUUUGAUGGCCAGACCAGUUGCGUGAUGUUCGAUGCUAAUUCGGGGUGGUUAUGGCGUGAAACCAGCUGUAAUCGACACUUAAAUUGGGUCUGUGAAUUCGCCCCACGCUCAUGCGGUAAUCCUGGUGUCAAUGCCAACUCCACCGUGCAGUACUCAUCGACGGAUGUCGGAAGUGUGUCCGUUUACGGCUGUACGGGUGGACUAUUUCUGCGCGGUCCCGGAUUGAGGCGGUGUCAACCCAGUGGAAAAUGGAGCGACCAACCACCUGUUUGCACCGACGAAGGUUGCGGUCCACCUCCGACUGUCGAAAAUGGCGACGUAGCGUACAACAGCACCAGUGUGGGAUCAGCCGCCCAGUAUACAUGCCUGAAUCGUUUUAAACCAGUGGGGAAGACGCGAAGCCUGUGUAACGCUGAUGGAAUGUGGACAGGGGAGCCUCCGCAGUGUGUUCCUGUGGAUUGUGGGCCACCUCCCGGCAUUCCACAUGGAACCGGCGUGUUAUUGGAUUUAAGCAGCCACCAAGGAUCCCGACUAGAGUACAAAUGCCAAUCUGGUUUCAGAAUUGUUGGUGAUACGAUGUUAGUGUGCACGGUAAACGAAGUAUGGGAAGGAGCGUUUCCAUUGUGUCAGCCCGAUAAUGGAGAUGUGGAUGAAGUUCCUGUGGUUGUGGGUAAUCGUUCAGGUACAACAACUACGGCUACCACGCCAACUACCACAGAGGUCACUACAUCACCAAGUACAUCGACUACCAGCACAUUACCAUCCACGACAAGAACUACAAGACAACCGACUACUACUUCAACAUCUACGACGACUACUCCAACGACGACCACGAGCACCACUACCACCACGACAACGACAACUACCACGCCGACCACAACCACGUCGACCACCACAACGACACCAACCACUACCACAAAAACCACGACUCCAACAACUACGACAACAACAACGACCCCUACAACGACGACCACCACAACGACACCGACAACAACCACCACCACGACCACCACUACGUCGACGACGACACCCACAACUACAACCACAACACCAACGACCACACCGAGCACAACGACUACAACAACCACUACGACACCCACCACGACCACCACCGAGGAGGCCACCACCACGUCGUUCUUGUUGGUGCCAGGUUUCAUUCCGUCCCUAUGGCAGCAGUCAAACCGAACCAGCAGCUCCCUGGACCAGGGCUACGAUCGACCGGAAGAUGGAGAAAGCAAUUCCAUCAACUCAAAAAUUGCCAUAAUUAUGACUAACGAUACGUCAUCCGAUGAAAAAACUGGAAGCGCUGGCGGUAUGGAUUGGACAGCGAAGGUCACUACGGGUGCUCCUGAAUUAACUACAAAUUCGACAUUAGUAGUGGAGUUGACUACGUCCACUACAACUGUAACAUCUACGCAUCCUCCUGUGAAUACCACCGUGCAUUUGAACUCCGCGGAUCGCGCCGCACUGGAAUUCUUAGCCAACCAGUUUGCCAUUUUCACACCGGCACCCACCCAAAAUGCCUCUCAUAUACCGGUACAGAAAGGUCAUUUCGAAGCGCAUAAUGCCAUGAUGAGGGACGACGCCAGUGGGAACUGGGAUCAGACUGUCGCUACAACGACCAAGGAGAUUCACCUGACGAAAAUGCCAUCGCCACCGGUUCUUCUGUUUAAUGUGGCGGUCGAUCGGCCUGCCGACCUUUUACCGGCUUUGGACGAAAACAGCGGCGAUAGCCAUGGCCGAAACGUAAAUCGCAGUACCGUGGAAACAGCGACAGAGAUUGUCACAACAAAAAUGGCCGAAACUGGAACCAUGGGCGGCUGGAUCGCUCUGGGUGUCAUUCUGGGACUUCUCUUGUUGCUCCUGCUAAUUAUCCUAAUUGUGUGCCUUAUGAGACGAAGGCGCCGCGAAGCCGCUCGCAUCGCUGUCAGCAGUACACACAUCAUUUCCGCUGCCCAGUAUGACACAGAACGGGAGAGUGGGGCAGCUAACGCCUUCAGCCAUCGCUACCGUAAAGCCUGGGAUAAUCUGCAGUUGCAGGUAACGGAAGCCGGUCCAGCCGCAGCGGUGGGCGGUGGGGGUAAGGACACACCAAUUAGCCAGUCCACCUUUAAAUCUACCGGACCACGGCUCAAGGAUGACCAUCAUAAUAAGGCAUCGGCGGAAAUCGUGAUUAGUCCCUCUCGUGCCGGCACGGUUAAGUCCAUGGGAUCGGUCGGUGGGAUUAGCGAAGCGUUUAAUGAAGCGGAUGAAAUUCUUGUUGAUCAGGACACAACGAUGGCCAAUGGCCAGCUACAGUUUGAGCAUGGUAGCUCACCAGAUGCUGCCAGUUUUCCAUUACAUAGUAUCCCUCGUGCCACUCUGCCAUAGAAAUUGACUACUAAUGGCCGCGUAUAAUGCCGCUUCCUACCAAUGCAUGUUGCCUAAUUUAUUUGUGAUUAGCAUCCUGUCUGACCGGAAAAUUACUGUACCAACUGACCCAAAGAAGGCUCCUCGUAAUCAAGAGAAAGAGAGAGCGAAUUUUAGCCUGACCAACCACCGCGAUAAUUGAGCUGUUUUGCGUGCUUAAAUCUCCCAUUACUUGUCUUACUAUUCUGUCGAUGUAAUUUAUUUUUAGAAGGCGAAUUUUACAUGUUAAAAUUGCAAACACUAGUAGGCCCAUUCUGGGCACACGGCCGUACUGAUUUUUGCAAUUUUGCAUUAUGUGUUAAUAAUAAUAUCGUACCAAGUGUUUAUAUGCCUCAUUGCGCGUUCUUUGCGGGGUUUUCUCUGUGGUUUUUCAAAUCAUUGUUAUAGUGUUUGCUUUUGUUGGAUAGUGAUGAUUUAAUGCUGUGCAUUGGAGCGCGUCACUGGCUGCUUUUAUCAAGAGAGAGAAAAAAUUGGUUUAAUGUGUUCGGAUCCGGACAGAAAGUUUACCCUUCGUUGCACGCCAACGCUGAUGUUUUUGAUGGAAAUCACGGCCACCAUUACGUCUCUGUACGAUGC